AUGAACAACCUGGAGUUCAUGAUGAAGAUUACCUUCAUUUUCACCAUCGUUUACGUCUGGGCCUUGUUUGCCCUCAAGAUGAGCCAGCUGUGGUUUUACCUUCGCGCCUUUUCCGUACAUCUCAAAGUCUGGAUCUGGAUCGUCUCGGGCAUUUGCAUAGCCUGGGCCAUCAUCUUCACCUUUGUCUUGACCUUCCUCUGCGACCCCAUUGAGCAACAGUGGACACUGAUGCGUAUCGGCAAAUGCAUGGACCAAAUCUUGGUGCUGAAGUGUGUCAUCAUGACCAACAUCUUGACUGACCUCAUGAUCAUCGUCCUACCCAUGCGGACGGUUUGGUCACUGCAAAUGAGGACGACAGAAAAGGUUGCCGUUGCUUCGUGCUUUGCCAUCGGACUCGCUUGCGUCGUUAUCGGCCUCGUCCGUUUUGGUGAAAUCUUUGUCAUCGACAUGGUUGGCAACUUCACCGGCACCUCCUUCACCACUUUUAUGCUCUGCAGCAUCGAACUCAUGCUUGCUGGCAUCUGCAUCAACAUUCCGAUGCUCCGGCCCUUUUACACUCGGUGGAGAAAGAAGUACAAGUCGUCCGCCGACAACUCUGGCUAUGCCGACCCCAGCACAGGCCAAGGCGCACGAAGCGGCAAGGCCACGCCAUUACCAUCAGUCAAGGGCAACUACAAUGCUUGGAUCGAGUUGGAGGACGACAAAGACCGCGACUCGGACAGCAACAACGACGGGUGCUCUGAACGCAAGCUGACAACGUCAACAGCAGCACGUCCUGACCCAGAAGUCGGCUCCCCAACCGAACCUUCGGCCAUCCACGUCUCGACAAAGUGGACCAUCACUCGGGACUAA